AUGCCUCCAAAAGGAGCAACCCGCGGCAGCACCCGUGGGGGCACAGCAGCACGCGGUGCACGCACAACCGCAACCUCUACAACUCCCGCAGGCGGGGAUUCAACGCAAGAAACACCCGCGCCAGCCAGCGCCGCCAACCGAUCCUCGGUGCAACGACUGCAAUCUCUGAACAAGCGCACACCCUCCGGCAGCAUUGCGCCGAGUAGCCGACCGCCCUCCGCUCUAGGCGGUGAGCCUGCAAAACCCGUUCUGAAAUAUAAGCCCAAGGCUGUUGGGCGGCGCAGCAAGCAGGAGCGAGAGGAGAUUGAGAGGCUUGAGCAGGAACGGUACAAUGAGCGGCUUAAAGAGGCUGCUGCUAUUCAGCGUGGGCGUGGGGGUGCGGCUCGUCGUGCUGGGUUCCGUGGUCGUGGUGGUAUGGGUAUGAGUAUGGGUGGUGGAAGAGGUGGUAAGAGAGGUCGUGGUGGUGGUGGGUUUGGUGGAGGAUACGGCGGUGGUGGCGGCGGUGGUGGUGUUGGCUCUGGGCGGAAUCGCUCUGGGUUUACUGGUGGUGACCGUUCGCAUGGGAAUGACUCUUCGGACGACGAGAGUGGACUUCGCAUGAGCAUUGAUCAUAUCAACCUUGAUAGUGAUGAGGAUGAAUGGGAUACUGGCAAGGAUGCGAAAGGGAAGAUGCCUAGUCGGUCUCGGACUGAACGGGCUCUUCGUCCUGUUCGUAUUCCGCGCCAUGAGCAUGAAGAGCGGGUUAUCAGUGUCAACAUGGAGUCCAGCUCCAGCAGAGCUGCGGAGCUUCGCGACAAGGCAGAGAAGGAGAAAGUCGCCAAGGAGUCUGAGAAGAGGCGCACAGAUGAGCCUUGUAUCAAGCCUGAUCCCGAGGACGAGGAUACUGUUAUGGCGGGUGAUAUCCCUUACGCCGACGACGAUGGGUUCCUUCCCACGCAGAGCGUUCGUGUCCGCUCAGCUUUGAGCCAGAGCCCUACCAAGAGACGUACAGCAGAACGAUCUUCGCAACCCGUACCCUCCCCGGAACCCGAGGUUCCAGACCCACGCAGCCUCCUUCACACCAAGGAGGAAAUCGAUGAAUAUGACCGUCACAUGGAAGAUCUAUCUAUGAUCAAGGAACUUCUCGUGCCCCCACCCUCGCAGAAGAAGGCUACACCAGAAGCACAGACAGAGGGCGCCACAGAAGCUGCAACAGCAGAUGCCAGCACCACUGCAGAGGGAGAGGAUGCCGAGAAAGAAACCGAAGAGGCAGAAGAAGAGUCCUACCUAAGCGGCAAGCUUUUCCUCAUGCAAUUCCCGCCCAUGACACCAAACCUUCAUAUUGUCGGCUCAGAGAUAACCCAAGAACAACCCGCAGCCGCUCCUCAAAACCAGAACCCGAUAAAACGCGAAGGAGGUGACGAAGUUGAGAUCGUCGAAACUACACAGCCCACGGUAGCACCCCAAGAAAAAGACAUCAUCACCGCCAACAAGCCCUGGUCCCUACCAGCAGGCCGCGUUGGCAAAUUGAACGUCCACAAGUCCGGACGUGUGACCCUCGACUGGGGUGGCAUCAGCAUGGAACUAGACCGCGGUGCACCCGUUCAAUUUGUGCAGGAGGCAGUCAUCGUCUCGCCUCCUGUCAACCCCAACGCAGAUGCUGAAGAAGAUGAUCCCGACGCUGACCAGUCCGAGAAUCGGGUUUGGUCAAUGGGUGAAGUGGCUGGCAAGUUUACUGUCACGCCUAACUGGGAUGAGAUGCUAUGA